UCCAUUACAGUCGGUCCAUAAUGUUGAUACACACCCUGGUGCUGGUGCUGGUGCAGGUGGUCCUUGCCAUUGUGCAAGGCUCCCUGGCGGAGAAAAUGAUGAGGCCCAAGUUCAAGGACAUCAAGAUCUGGAGCGACGAGAAGUUCGUCAGCCACAAGGUGGUGUACGACAGCAGCGACCCGCACCUGAACUUCUCCAUGGUGGUGCACCAGGAGCUGCACGACGUGGACAUCCACCUGGAGGUGCGCAUCGUCAACAAGCAGGACGCGCUCUACAGCACCAACCUGAACACCACCCUGAACGUGUGCCGCAUCCUGGGCUUUGCCAACAAGUCGCCGGUGGGCCGCUUCGUGCACGGCUUCCUCCGUGAGUUCGGCAACAUCGUCGACAACUGCCCCAUCGCCAAGGGCUCCUACUUCGCAAACAAGUUCUGGUGGCCCGAGGACCCCACCACCUCCAUGCUGCCCGAGCAGGAGUUUGAGAUCGUCUGGCAGGCCACGCACGUGGACGCCAGCAAGAAGCGCACCCUGAUCAUGAACGACCACUUCGGAGGGGAGUUCGUCGUCCAGGACGUCAACAACCUCAAGCCCGGCAUCUUCGCCAUGCUGCCCAAGAUCGCCUAGGAGCUCUGAUCCGCUCCACACAGCUUUGUCGCGUGUCCCAAUGGUAUUUUCUUAAUGUUGUUCAGUGUCACUUUGGUGUUAACCAGAAAGCAAGCAAAUAAAGUUGCCCCAGAAAGAGCAAAACUCA